AAGAAAUAAUUUUAUUAAAAACAAAAAACUAAGUUUUCCUACAAGCAAACGCGCGCACGCGCCCCCCCUGCGGACUCUGAUGUUUCAGAGAUAAACGGAUCAGUUCGUGCAUCGAUCUUCGCGGCUCCACCAGGACUUCAGACCCGGGGUCGGUGGCUGUCAGCGGGCAUUGUGCCAUGUGGACGCGGGCUUCGGUCCCGCGUGAUGCGGGUAACUCGGCAGUCUCCGAGCCGCCCACCAGGCCGUGGAGGACGCCUCGCGCUGAUGCCACACCUCACCACUUCAUAUCGACUUUGGUGCUUCCUCUCGGGUCUUGGAACAACCGGCCCACCGCCGUCCUCCGCAUCUCUGCCAGCCUUCGGUUCCCCGCUCCUCCAGCACCCCGCCGGUGGAGCAUCUGGACCCGGACCAGGUGGAAACCAGCGCGUGGAUCCGCGAAAAGGACGUGGGGCGCAGUUAAAAUUGAGAUAAAAGGGAGUUAAUGUGUGAAAACCAGAUAAAAUGUGAGGAUGCUGCGCGGCUUCCAGCGGCUUUGGCUGCUGCUCUGACCGCUGUCUCUGGUUUCAUCCUCCGCCUUUGUCCUCAUGUUUUUCCCCGGAGUUCCUCCCCCUGCGGCGCUGGGCGGAGUUUCAUACCGGACUAGACGCUCCUUUUGUCGGAUUCGUUUCGACCUGACUCCCCGGGGUUUACGGCUGAAAAAGACGCACUUCUAAAGUCCCAAAAUAAGCCAAACGAGCUCGGUGCUGUUCGGGAACAACCCGGGUCUCUAUCCGAACCAGCAGAGGACGAGGGGGCGGAGUCUGCUCCGUCAGGAUGAACGGCAGCAGCAGUGGCGUCUCCACGUCUCAGAGCGCCAGGAUCAAGAGUGAAGCAGAUGACUGGACUAAGGAGGACUGCCUCACGCUGCUGGAGAGGAUCCGCAGCCUGCUGCCGGACGGAGACGCCAUGAAGUACAAAACCACAGAGUCCCACUUCGACUGGGAGAAGGUCGGCUUCGGUAGCUUCACUGGAGACAUGUGUCGGCAGAAGUGGCAGAAAGUCUCCACCGAGAUUCGAAAGUACAGAACGAUGACGGAGCUCAUCGUGGACGCUAUCGAGUUUGUGAAGAACCCGUACAAAGGAAAGAAGCUGAAGACUCAUCCAGACUUCCCGAAGAAACCUCUGACUCCGUAUUUUCGCUUUUUUAUGGAGAAACGAGCCAAAUAUGCCAAAAUCCACCCAGAGAUGAGCAACCUGGACCUAACCAAGAUCCUGUCCAAGAAGUAUAAGGAGCUUCCUGACAAGAAGAAGCAAAAAUACAUCACAGAGUUCAAGCGAGAGAAAGAGGAGUUUGAGAAGAACAUGGCCCGUUUCAAGGAGGAGCACCCAGAGCUGAUUGAGGAGAGGAAGAAGUCGGACCUACCAGAAAAACCCAAAACCCCCCAACAGCUGUGGUACAACCAUGAGAAGAAGACUUACAUGAAGCUGCACCCAGAGGUGAGUCAGAAGGAGCUAAAGGAGGUUCUGAGGAGACAGUGGUCCCAGCUAUCUGACAAGAAGAGACUCAAGUGGAUCAGCAAGGCCCUGGAGCUCCAGAAAGACUAUGAGGACAGCAUGAGAGCGUACCAUGAAGCUCAUCCAGACACCAACUCCGACGAUCACGUUCGCUCCGUCCUCACCAAGGCCGAGAGGCAGCUGAAGGACAAGUUUGAUGGACGGCCAACGAAACCUCCACCCAACGGAUACUCUCUGUACUGUGCGGAGCUGAUGGUCAACAUGAAAGACGUCCCGAGCACGGAGCGCAUGGUUCUCUGCAGCAAGCAGUGGAAGAUGAUGACCCAAAAGGAGAAGGACAUGUUCCAGAAGCGCUGCGAGCAGAAAAAGAAGCAGUAUGAUCUGGACCUGCAGCGCUUCCUGGAGAGUCUUCCUGAGGAGGAACGAGACAGAGUCCUGUCAGAGGAGAAGAUGGGCGGGGCCAGACUAGGUGUGGGCGUGGCUGCCAGCCCUCACAGAGCAAAGUCUCCAUCUAUAAAGGAGCGCUGUCGGGAGGCGGAGCCUGAGGCCUGGGUUCCUGCUGGAUUGCCGAGACGGGAUGGAAAGAAGACGGUGAAGCUUCCAGAAACCCCAAAGACAGCUGAGGAGAUGUGGCAGCACAGUGUGGUGGGAGACUACCUGGCUAAAUACAGAAGCGAUCGCAGGAAGGCACAGACAGCGAUGGAGGCAGCCUGGAAGUCCAUGGAGAAGAAGGAGAAGAUCCCGUGGAUCAAGAAAGCAGCAGAGGACCAGAAGCGUUACGAGGUUCAGUACCGACCCGUGAGGGAGCUCCUGGAGAUGAGGACCCCCCCGUCAGCUCAGAGGAAGCCAAAGUUUGAUGGAGAACCGAAGAAACCUCCAGUGAGCGGCUACCAGAUGUUCUCCCAGGAGCUGCUGACCAACGGGGAGCUGAACCACUUCAGCCUGAAGGAGCGGAUGGUGGAGAUCGGGAAGCGCUGGCAGAAGCUCAGCCAGACCCAGAAGGACAAGUACAAGAAGCUGGUGGAGGAGCAGCAGGUGGAGUACAAGGCCGAGCUGGAGGCCUGGGUCAAGUCCCUGUCUCCGCAGGAUCGAGCUGCCUACAAGGAGUUCACCUCCUCGAAACGUCGCAGCUCCACUAAAGUCCGCAGCAGCCCGGUGGCAAAAGUCCGCAUGACGGCAAAGGGGAAGGCAGGGGUAUCCAGGACAGCUGCGCCUGGGGUUAGCGUGGGAAAACGGGCCAUGGCAUACCGAGCCAAGGACAUGUCAGACUCGGACGAGGAGGAGGAGAAGAGCGGCUCAUCAGACUCGGACGAAGACGACGAGACGUCAGGAAGCACCGACAGCGAGGACGAAGACGAGAACGAUGAAGAUGAUGAGGAAGAGGACGAUGAAGAUCAGACGUCCUCAGACGAAUCCAGCGACUCAGACUCAGACUAGCUCUGCCCCUUCAUUGAAGAGGACAGGCAGUGCAGGCCACGCCUCCUCAUGCCAAUCCAUCUGGCAGACCAAUGAGAGGCAGCGUUGGGAGAAGUGGGCGGAGCUUUUGUUACCUGUGUUUGUUUUUAAAGGAGUGUUUGUUGGUUUUUUUAUCUGACCAGCUGACAACGGUUUCCUGCUUUUCCUUAUUUGGGCGUUCUAGUGUGACCUGCAGGGGGCGGAGCCUGAGUCUUCACUCCGCUGCAGAAAAGAUGACUAAUAAAUGCACUUUUUCUCA